CUUCUGGCCUCGGCCGCGCCCCCGGUGAGUCGGCCCGGGGUCGGGGUCGGCGUGGUGGUGACCAGCAGCGAGCAUCCCCGCUGCGUCCUGCUGGGGAAGAGGAAGGGGUCGUUUGGAGCCGGCAGCUUCCAGCUUCCCGGAGGUCACCUGGAGUUCGGGGAGACCUGGGAAGAGUGCGCUCAAAGAGAAACCUGGGAAGAAGCAGCACUUCACCUGAAAAAUAUCCACUUUGCCUCCGUGGUAAAUUCUUUCAUUGAGAAGGAGAAUUAUCAUUAUGUCACUAUAUUAAUGAAAGGAGAAGUAGAUGUGACUCACGAUUCAGAGCCAAAGAAUGUUGAACCUGAAAAAAACGAAAGUUGGGAGUGGGUCCCAUGGGAAGAAUUCCCUCCACUGGACCAGCUUUUCUGGGCACUGCGUUGUUUAAAGGAGCAAGGCUAUGAUCCAUUUAAAGAAGAUCUGAACCACCUGGUAGGAUACAAAGGCAAUCAUCUCUACAUGACUAAGAAGAGUCUUUGAUCAAAAAAAAAAAAAAAAAAACUACAAAAAUAAGGUCAAGUUAAAGAAUGAAAAUAUUGAAAACUCCCAUUUUUAUUGAAAAAGUUACAUGUGAAUCUGGUUUAUUUGUAUUCUCUUAAUACUCACUACCUCAAGAAAAAUCUUUCUGGAACAUGUCAUUGAAUGGUAUUUCAGGGACAAA